AUGGGAGGGCCAUGCCCCAGCCCGUGGACCAGGCUACUGCUGGCAGCCCUGCUAAGUGUCAGCUUCUCCGGUCACAUGGCAAACCGCUGCAAGAAGGCCCAGGUGAAGACCUGUACCGAGUGCAUCCGUGUGGACAAGGACUGCGCCUAUUGUACUGAUGAGAUGUUCAAGGAGCGGCGAUGCAACACCCAGGCGGAGCUGCUGGCCGCAGGCUGCCCACAAGAGAACAUGAUGGUCAUGCAGAGUAGCUUUGAGAUCACAGAGGAGACCCACAUUGACACCACCCUGCGCCGCAGCCAGGUCUCCCCACAAGGGCUGCGGCUGCGGCUGCGGCCAGGCGAGGAGCAGCAAUUCCAGUUGGAAGUAUUUGAGCCCCUGGAGAGCCCUGUGGACCUUUACAUCCUCAUGGACUUCUCCAACUCCAUGUCUGACGAUCUGGCCAAUCUCAAGCAGAUGGGGCGGAACCUGGCCCAGGUCCUGAGUCAGCUCACCAGUGACUACACGAUUGGAUUUGGCAAGUUUGUGGACAAAGUCAGCGUCCCCCAGACAGACAUGAGGCCUGAGAAGCUCAAGGAACCCUGGCCCAACAGUGAUGCCCCCUUCUCCUUCAAGAACGUCAUCAGCCUGACUGAAGAUGUGGAGGAGUUUCGGAGUAAACUGCAGGGAGAACGCAUCUCGGGCAACCUGGAUGCUCCAGAAGGGGGCUUUGAUGCCAUCCUGCAGACAGCUGUAUGCACGAAGGACAUUGGCUGGCGCCCAGACAGCACCCAUCUGUUGGUGUUCUCCACGGAAUCUGCUUUCCACUAUGAAGCUGAUGGUGCCAACGUGUUGGCGGGCAUCAUGAGACGCAAUGAUGAGGAAUGCCACUUGGAUGCCACGGGCACCUACACCCAGUACAGGACACAGGACUACCCAUCGGUGCCCACCCUGGUCCGCCUGCUCGCCAAGCACAACAUCAUCCCCAUCUUUGCUGUCACCAACUACUCUUACAGCUACUAUGAGAAGCUGCAUUCAUACUUUCCCGUGUCCUCGCUGGGGGUGCUGCAGGAGGACUCAUCCAACAUCGUGGAACUGCUGGAGGAGGCCUUCAACCGCAUUCGCUCCAACCUGGACAUCCGGGCCCUGGACAGCCCCCGAGGGCUGCGGACAGAGGUUACCUCCAAGAUAUUCCAAAAAACGAAGACUGGGUCCUUCCACAUCCGGCGUGGGGAAGUGGGCACAUACAACGUGCAGUUGCGGGCUAUUGAGGAGGUGGAUGGGACACAUGUGUGCCAACUACCGAGAGAGGACCAGGAGGGGAACAUCCACCUGAAGCCUUCCUUCUCUGAUGGUCUCAAGAUAGACGUGGGCGUCAUCUGUGACGUGUGCUCCUGCGAGCUGCAAAAAGAGAUCCGAUCUUCGCUCUGUAACUUCAAUGGGGACUUCAUGUGCGGGCACUGUGUGUGCAAUGAGGGCUGGAGCGGCAAGACCUGCAACUGCUCCACAGGCUCACUGAGUGACACGCAGCCCUGCCUGCGAGAGGGCGAGGACAAACCUUGCUCAGGUCGCGGCGAGUGCCAGUGUGGGCGCUGUGUAUGCUACGGGGAUGGCCGCUAUGUGGGUCGCUUCUGCGAGUAUGACAACUUCCAGUGUCCCCGCUCCGCUGGCUUCCUCUGCAAUGACCGAGGUCACUGCACCAUGGGCCAGUGUGUGUGCGAGCCGGGCUGGACAGGCCCAAGCUGUGACUGUCCCCUUAGCAAUGCUACCUGCAUCGACAGCAAUGGGGGCAUCUGUAACGGACGUGGUCACUGUGAGUGUGGACGCUGUCACUGUAACCAGCAGUCUCUCUACACAGACACCACCUGUGAGAUCAACUAUUCGGCGAUCCGCCUGGGUCUCUGUGAGGACCUGCGUUCCUGUGUUCAGUGCCAGGCCUGGGGCACGGGGGAGAAAAAGGGGCGCACGUGUGAGCAAUGCAGCUUCAAAGUCAAGAUGGUGGACGAGCUGAAGAAAGCGGAGGAAGUGGUGGAGUACUGCUCCUUCCGGGAUGAGGACGAUGACUGUAACUACAGCUAUGCAGUAGAGGAUGACGGCGGUGCGCCCGGGCCCAACAGCACCGUGCUGGUGCACAGGAAGAAGGACUGCCCUCCUGGCUCCUUCUGGUGGCUCAUCCCCCUGCUCAUCUUCCUCCUGCUGCUCUUGGCGCUGCUGCUGCUGCUUUGCUGGAAGUACUGUGCCUGCUGCAAGGCCUGCCUGGCUCUUCUCCCCUGCUGCAAACAAGGCCCCACAGUGGGCUUCAAGGAAGACCACUACAUGCUACGGGAGAACUUGAUGGCCUCUGACCACCUGGAUACCCCCAUGCUGCGUAAUAACAACCUCAAGGGGCGGGACACCGUCCGCUGGAAGAUCACCAACAAUGUACAGCGCCCCGGCUUUGCCACCCGCUCGGCCAGCACCAACCCUGCAGAACUGGUGCCCUAUGGGCUGUCCCUGCGUCUUGCCCGCCUUUGUACCGAGAACCUGCUGAAGCCUGACACCCGGGAAUGCAGCCAGCUGCGCCAGGAGGUGGAGGAAAAUCUGAAUGAAGUGUACAGACAGAUCACAGGUGCCCACAAGCUCCAGCAAACGACAUUCCGGCAACAGCCCAACGCGGGGAAAAAGCAGGACCACACAAUCGUGGACACAGUGCUGAUGGCCCCCCGCUCAGCCAAGCAGGCUUUACUGAGCCUGACAGAGAAGCAGGUGGAGCAGGGAGCCUUCCAUGAGCUCAAGGUGGCUCCGGGCUACUAUACCCUUACUGCAGACCAAGAUGCCCGGGGCAUGGUGGAGUUUCAGGAGGGCGUGGAGCUGGUGGAUGUACGCGUGCCCCUCUUCAUUCGGCCUGAGGAUGAAGACGAGAAGCAGCUGCUGGUGGAGGCCAUCGAUGUGCCCUCGGGCACUGCCACCCUUGGCCGCCGCUUGGUCCACAUCACCAUCAUCAAGGAGCAAGCCAGAGCCGUGGUGUCCUUUGAGAAGCCUGAGUACCUCAUCAGCCGCAGAGAGCAGGUGGCCCGAAUUCCCAUUGUCCGGCGUGUCAUGGACAGUGGCAAGUCCCAGGUCUCCUACCGCACACAGGACAACACAGCACAAGGCCACCGGGACUAUGUCCCCGUGGAGGGCGAGUUAUUGUUCCAUGAUGAGGAAACAUGGAAGGAGCUGCAGGUGAAGCUUUUGGAGCUACAGGAGGUGGACUCCCUCCUGUGGGGCCGCCAAAGCCGCCGCUUCCACGUUCACCUCAGCAACCCCAAGUUCGGGGCCCGACUGGGCCAGCCCCAAUCCACCACCAUCAUCAUCGGGGAUCAAGACAAAAUGGACCUGGGCAUGAACUUGACCGGCCAGACCCUGUCAUCAGCCCCACCCCCCCGCGGUGACCCAGCUGCCCCACAGAACCCCAAUGCCAAAGCCGCUGGUUCCCGGAAGAUCCACUUCAACUGGCUGCCCCCUCCUGGCAAGCCAAUGGGGUACAAGGUAAAAUACUGGAUCCAGGGUGAUUCUGAGGCCGAAGCCCAGGUGCUGGACAGCAGGGUGCCCUCGGUGGAGCUCACCAACCUGUACCCAUACUGCGAUUACGAGAUGAAGGUGUGUGCCUACGGGCCACAAGGUGACAGCCCCUACAGCUCCGUGGUGACCUGCCGCACACACCAGGAAGUACCCAGUGAGCCAGGGCGCCUGGCCUUCAACGUCGUCUCUUCUACGGUGACCCAACUGAGCUGGGCCGAGCCCGCAGAGACCAACGGCGAGAUUACAGCCUAUGAAGUCUGCUACGGCCCUGUCAAUGAGGACAACCAACCCAUCGGGCCCAUGAAGAAGGUGCUGGUGGACAGUCCCAAGAGACGGAUGCUGCUCAUUGAAAACCUUCGGGAGUCCCAACCCUACCGUUAUACCGUGAAAGCGCGCAAUGGGGCAGGGUGGGGACCCGAGCGGGAGGCCUUCAUCAACCUGGCCACCCAGCCCAAUAGGCCCAUGUCCAUCCCCAUCAUCCCUGACAUUCCCAUCGUGGAUGCCCAGAGUGGGGAGGACUACGACAGCUUCCUCAUGUACAGUGAUGAUGUACUGCGCUCCCCGACAGGCAGUCAGAGGCCAAGUGUCUCCGACGACACUGGCGGUGGCUGCUGGAAGUUCGAAACCCUGCUGGGUGAGGAGCUGGACCUGCGGCGCGUCACGUGGCGGCUGCCCCCGGAGUUCAUCCCGCGCCUGUCGGUUAGCAGCGCGCGCUCCUCCGAGGUGUCCCCCGAGUCCCGGGACGACGACGCUGCCGCCGCGGGUGUGGGGGGCAGUGGCCUGUCCUGCAGUACGACACCUGGGCCCCCCGGAGAGCACCUGGUGAACGGGCGGAUGGACUUUGCCUUCCCGGGCAGUGCCAACUCCCUGCACAGAUUGACUGCAGCCACCGUCGCGUAUGGCACCCACCUGAGUCCACACCUUCCCCACCGAGUGCUGAGCACGUCCUCCACCCUGACCCGGGACUACCACUCGCUGACCCGCACAGAGCACUCAGCCACACUUCCCAGGGACUACUCCACCCUCACCUCUGUCUCGUCCCACGGAUCCCGUGCGGUUGUGGGUGUGCCAGACACCCCCACCCGCCUGGUGUUCUCAGCCCUGGGGCCCACGUCUGUGAAAGUGAGCUGGCAGGAGCCGCAGUGUGAGAGGGCACUUCUGGGCUACAGUGUGGACUACCAGCUGCUUAAUGGUGGCGAGCUGCAACGGCUCAACAUCCCCAACCCCAGCCAGACGUCGGUGGUCGUUCAGGAUCUCUUACCUAACCACUCUUAUGUGUUCCACGUGCGCGCCCAGAGCCAGGAGGGGUGGGGCCCGGAGCGUGAGGGCAUCAUCACCAUUGAAUCGCAGGUGCACCCACAGAGUCCACUCUGCCCCCUGCCAGGCUCCACCUUCACCCUGAGCACCCCCAGCGCACCAGGCCCACUGGUAUUCACUGCACUGAGUCCAGACUCACUGCAGCUGAGCUGGGAACGACCGAGGCGGCCCAACGGAGACAUCCUCGGCUAUCUGGUGACCUGCGAGAUGGCCCAUGGAGGAGGGCCAGCCACCACGUUUGUGGUGGAUGGAGACAACCCCGAGAGCCGGCUGACAGUGCCGGGCCUCAGUGAGAACGUGCCCUACAAGUUCAAGGUUCAGGCCAAGACCACACGGGGCUUCGGACCAGAACGGGAGGGCAUCAUCACCAUCGAAUCCCAGGAUGGAGGCCCCUUCCCGCAGCUGGGCAGCCACCAGGGGCUCUUCCAGCACUCACUGCCAGGAGAAUACAGCAGCGUCACCACCACCCACACCAGCAGUACCAAGCCCUUAAUGGAUGGACUGACCCUGGGGUCCCAGCACCUGGAGGUGGGUGGUUCCCUCACACGGCACGUAACUCAGGAGUUUGUAAGUCGGACGCUGACCACCAGCGGGACCCUCAACACACAGGUGGACAACCAGUUCUACCAGACCUGA